AUGGGAUUCCCAUUGCCAUGCAAUAGAAUUCUUGAUCGAAAUCUAUACGGGAAGAAUGGUACCCCAUGGAUUGUUUUUUCCGACAAUGAUCCAUGGGAAAUUGUUGGGGAGUCUGAAGUUUGUGAUACGAAGAAGGAAAUUUACGUGUUUACGAAGUUGGAAAAGAUAGGUAGAAGGCAUAUUGUUAGGGCGGCCGGUUGUGGAACAUGGGCCGGAAAAUCUAUGCCGAAGGAUAUCAAGAAUUGCAAGGGCGAAGUCAUUGGUGUUAAGAAGUCAUUUACAUUCAAAAUAAAUGGCGAUUUGAAGCAAGACGAGAUAAAUAUGAACAAGGGUCGUUGGAUAAUGCACGAAUAUACAUUGGCGGGAAAUUCUUUUGAGGGAUUGAAUAACACGGAUUAUGCAAUUUGUCGAAUUUCUUUGGAUCAAGAAGAGACUGAUCUUGUGGUUCAAUCUGGUUUUGGAAAAGUAGAAGACACUGAUGAAUCUCAAAAACGAAAAUCAAGUUUUGAAUGGCCGACUGAAAAGAGGGUCUGCAUAGAAAAAGAUUUAGACGAUAAGGAGCUGAACUCAGGAGCUGCUACGAGUUGCCAUGGCACGUCGUCGGAUAUGUCCAAUGAAGAUAUUUCAAAUUGGAUUGACGAAAUGAUUUCCUACGACGACAUUGAGUCAACUGAGUUUUCAUUUGGACAUAAUGUUGUUUAG